AUGAUAUGCUUCAAUGUGGGGCACUCGAGCGCGUUCUACGCGGGGUUCGGCGGGGUCGGGGCGGGCGUGAGGCUGUUCGCGCUUUCGACAAGGCAGAAGGACAUUGCCGAGCGGUACGUGACGAGGGCUGCGUUGGGGAAGGAGGAUAGGACACGGCUGGAGGAAGAGUGCAUGGUGGCGGCAAGUUGCACGAUUGAGCAUACCGAGGAUGUGCAGGACCAUCACAUUGUUUUGACGAAGAUUGACGGCGUCAAGGUGCCGGAGAAGGACGAGGAGGGGUUGAUGCCUUUGGUUUGGCAACACGGAAAGUUGAUCACGGAAAGUUGA